CCCACGGCGAAGACAUAACAAAAUGGCGUCGUACUGCAUGACUGUAACCAGACUCCGGCUGGCUCUCGGAUCUGGUGCAAAACGGUUUCAUGUCUCCGCUGUCUUCAGCGCCAAGGCCAAGGUGGCGAUGAGCCGCUUUGAGCCAGGUUCCAGCAUUAGUUAUGAGAAGAUGCACGAGAACAUCAGCAUCGUACGCAGGAGGCUCAGCAGGCCGCUGACUCUGUCCGAGAAGAUCGUAUACGGCCACCUGGAUGACCCGGCGGGGCAGGAGAUCGACCGCGGCCGCACUUACCUGCGGCUGCGGCCCGACCGCGUGGCCAUGCAGGACGCCACGGCCCAGAUGGCCAUGCUGCAGUUCAUUAGCAGCGGCCUGCCAAAGGUGGCCGUUCCCUCCACAAUCCACUGCGAUCACCUGAUUGAAGCUCAGGUUGGAGGAGUUCAGGACCUGCAGAGGGCUAAGGAAAUAAAUGAGGAAGUGUACAACUUCCUUGCGACUGCUGCAGCAAGAUAUGGGGUUGGUUUCUGGAAACCAGGCUCAGGGAUUAUCCAUCAGAUUAUCCUGGAGAAUUACGCCUAUCCAGGGGUGAUGCUCAUCGGCACAGACUCCCACACUCCCAACGGUGGUGGCCUUGGUGGCGUUUGUAUCGGAGUAGGUGGAGCCGACGCUGUUGAUGUCAUGGCUGGAAUCCCAUGGGAGCUCAAGUGCCCCAAGGUGAUAGGAGUGAGACUGACCGGAACGCUGUCUGGUUGGACCUCCCCAAAGGACAUCAUCCUGAAAGUUGCCGGCAUUCUCACUGUCAAAGGUGGCACCGGGGCAAUUGUGGAGUAUCACGGACCUGGAGUUGACUCCAUUUCCUGCACUGGAAUGGCAACAAUCUGCAACAUGGGAGCUGAAAUUGGAGCCACCACAUCCGUUUUCCCCUACAAUCACCGCAUGAAGACGUACCUCAAGAAAACUGGCCGCGAAGAAAUCGCCUCGGUUGCUGAUGAGUUCAAAGAAGACCUAGUACCUGAUGAGGGCUGUGAAUACGACCAAGUUAUCGAGGUCAACCUCAGCGAGCUGAAGCCUCACAUCAACGGACCGUUUACCCCUGAUUUGGCUCAUCCCGUGUCUGAGAUCGGGGCCGUAGCGAAGAAGAACGGCUGGCCCCUGGAGGUUAAAGUUGGUCUGAUCGGCAGCUGCACCAACUCAAGCUACGAGGACAUGGGCAGAGCGGCCUCUCUGGCCAAACAGGCGUUGGAUCAAGGCCUGAAGUGUAAGGCCCAGUUCACGAUUACGCCAGGCUCAGAACAAAUCCGAGCCACCAUAGAGAGAGAUGGAUAUGCCAAGAUUCUGAGUGAUGUUGGAGGAGUCGUCCUGGCUAACGCUUGUGGUCCCUGCAUCGGCCAGUGGGACAGGAGAGACGUUAAGAAAGGAGAGAAGAACACCAUAGUGACGUCUUUCAACAGGAACUUCACCGCCAGGAACGAUGCUAACCCAGCGACUCAUGCUUUUGUAACUUCUCCAGAGAUCGUCACAGCUUUUGCUCUGGCCGGGACCCUCAGCUUCAACCCAGAGACCGACUAUCUGAUCGCGCCCAGUGGAGAGAAAUUCAAGCUGGAACCUCCCACCGGCGACGAGCUCCCCUCCAGAGGCUUUGACCCGGGCCAGGACACGUACCAGCACCCCCCUGCAGAGAGCAGCUCGGUCAAGGUAGACGUGAGCCCCUCCAGUAACCGUCUGCAGCUGCUGGAGCCCUUUGACAAGUGGAAUGGGAAAGAUCUGGAGAACAUGAGGGUCCUCAUCAAGGUGAAAGGAAAGUGCACCACAGACCACAUCAGCGCCGCCGGGCCCUGGCUGAAGUUCCGCGGCCACCUGGACAACAUCUCCAACAACCUGCUGAUAGGUGCCGUAAACAUUGAGAACAACGCCGUCAACAAGGUGAAGAACCAGCUGACUGGAGAGUACGGAGGCGUGCCAGACGUGGCCCGCUUCUACAGGGCCAACGGCGUGAACUGGGUGGUGGUUGGAGAUGAGAACUACGGGGAGGGAUCCAGUCGGGAGCACGCCGCCCUGGAGCCACGACACCUGGGAGGACGCGCCAUCAUCGUCAAGAGCUUCGCCAGGAUCCACGAGACCAAUCUGAAGAAACAAGGUCUGCUGCCUCUGACCUUCGCCAACCCCAGCGACUACGAGAAAAUCCGCCCAGAUGAUAAGAUUUCAAUCUUCGGCCUCAAGUCCUUCGCUCCUGGCAAGCCGCUGACAGCCGUGAUCAAGCACGCCGAUGGAAGCGAGGAGUCCGUCUCUCUGAACCACACCUUCAACGAGACACAGAUCGAGUGGUUCAAAGCCGGUUCCGCUCUCAACAGGAUGAAGGAGCUCCAGUAGUUGUGAAGAGGAGAGAAACGUGGAUCUGAUGUGAAAGACGGAGGGUAGCCAGAAUCCAACCCACCCGUAGUCGCCCUCGCUCCACCAUCCGACACACAUGCAUUAAUAAGGUCGCUGUACAGAUGGAAAGCGCACACACAUAAAUUAGCACUUACAUGUUCAAAGCCCUCCCAGUUCACAAGUGGAGUCACACAAAUUUAGCACAAAAAAAAAAACAACUCCUGAUGUCUUGAGCAUAUUUACUUCUUGUAGGAUUCAGUUCACAUGCAGAUCUUCACCUUUUACACUGAAUCAGAUGUAUUUAACCUCUGUGGCACUAAAUUCACUGAGCUGCAUAUAGUUUAAUGUGUUUUACGAGUGUUUCUAUUAGUAUCUGUGGGAAUUAAAGGAGAACGUGAAAAUGAAUGUGAAAAUACUUGAAGCUUUAAACUCUCUUAGGAAACAAUCCACUCUAAGAUUAUUGUUGUUUUUCCAGGUACCUCAUUUUAAUGUUUCUCUUUAGCUUCUGAUAAAACCAACCAAUAAGCUGAUUAUUUAGUUUUUUAUUUCACACUGUUCUGUUUGUUUUGUUAACCCUUAGCUGUGAAGUUUAAGGCGAUUCUAAGUCGGUGGGCCUUUCUGACUCUGUUACCAACUUAGACUAAUGUCCUUCCUUGGUCCUAAACUAACUGAGCCAUUUAAUUUCCGCACCUGUGCUAAAAAAUGUAAUUCAAAUCAAUCCGUAACUUUUUUUUUUUAAAUAUACAAACACGUUCCCAAGCAUGACCUCCGUUCUGUCGGUGAUAAACUAGCAGGCUUACAGUCCCAUCAGUCUGUGCUGUCGGCUGCAGCUCACUCUCUGUUUCUGUGGACUUUAUUCCCCCUGUACAACCUAAUUUCAUCUGCAUCAGUAACGUUAAUAUCCGCACACUCCCUGUAGCUAUUCCUAUACUUGCUGCCUUCAUAAAUUGCCUGGUGAAAGCAUUCAUAAUACCUGAAUCUAAUAUAUUGUAAGUUUACAACUACAUAAUUCAAUGUAUUUUAGGAUUUCUUUUGAGAUAGACCAACACAAAGUAGUGUUUAAUUUUGAAGGGGAUAAAAGCAUUAUUUUUGUUUUAUUUUGGUUCUUCAAAACAGAAAUCUGUAAACUUGGGUGUAUGAAUUUUAUUUCUGGGUAUCAGACGAAAGGGGUGGGAGGUUAUCGAGGUCAUCUUAAAGAAGCUGCAAUUUACACUCAUUUUUGCUUUUUAUCAAGGGGUGUCAGAGUAAGAUUGGCUGAAAAACAUAAUGCAUGUCACAUUUUCUCUGAUAAUUCUUUGUAAAAAAUAACUAAAAGAAAAGUAAUUUUUUUUAUCUUCCACUUCACAAAUCAGCUCUACUAUUUUGUGUUGGUCUUUUUACAUAAAGUAAAAUGUGGGAAGGUCCAAGUCCUUCAGGACGCUUUGAAUUACUUUUGGUUGGAAAAGCUCAGUGUGAUUUCUCACAAACCAGAUUAAAUCAGAUUUAUUCUACUGUAGUAAAUUGACCAUACAUCUAUAUAUAUUUUUUUUUACAUACGUUUAGUGUCAUGAAUUGUUUCCAUUGAACUAAAUUUGCAGUGUUUGCAGCAUCCUGCCAUCCAAUCCUAACCAAAGCCAGCUCUUUAAUCUAAGACUGUGUUCAUUUAUCUGGACAGUAGAGCUGCUCCUGAUACGUCAGGUUAUUAUGGGGUGCUGCUGUUGAAGAGGGACCAGAGAAAAAUGCAGUAUUACUCAUGAACAAAGUAAAUAAAGUAUUUUGUGCUUUUUCUUUUUUGUUUUAAAUCCUGUGGAGCGUCACAAACCUGUCCACUUUUUAUUCGGUUUGUUAUAUUGUCUCCUCGUUUCUGUUCUUUCUUUCCCCGUUGUGGCUGUGAUGAGAUUAUGUUCAUUGUGCUAAACUUUGAACUGAAUAAUUUUUUUUAAUUGUUCUCUACGUGAUGGGAAAGCCGCUAACGCACAAUCUAGUAAUCAUGCCUGUCCUCUUGAACUCAGAGUGAUGAAAGUUUUUUGAGCUUUGCAUUAGUUUUUCCUCAUUGAACCUGAUUUACUGAUGAUUAAAGCUAAAAUACAACAACUCACUGAAGGUAGAAAGACAGAGCUCUGGAAAAAUGUGCUUUGAAUGUAGCCUGUUUUUAUGUUUUAUUAUUGAAAGCCUAAGUUGUACUUAUAUUUCCAUCUCUGAACCAGAGUGGUAAGAUAAGUGUGGUAAGGUGUGAUGUGGCCUCAAUGUUUAAUCGUAUACUUUUGGACAUUUAACGCUGUGAUGAUUAAAAAAAA